AUGCCCGCAAAGUCGCGAUUCACGAAGCUAGACGCCUUCGCCAAAACCGUCGAGGAUGCACGCAUUCGCACGAAUUCUGGAGGUGUUAUUACAAUCGCCUCGCUUUUAGUUGUAUUAUGGCUGGUAUGGGGCGAAUGGGCCGAGUACAGACGAAUCGUGGUGCUGCCGGAGCUCGUCGUCGAUAAGUCGCGAGGAGAGCGAAUGGAAAUUCACAUGAAUAUGACAUUCCCUAGGCUGCCAUGUGAGCUCCUGACCUUGGAUAUGAUGGAUGUCUCUGGCGAGCAGCAGGUUGGCGUUGCUCAUGGCGUGAACAAAGUCCGCCUAGGCCCUCAAUCCGAAGGCGGCAAGGUGAUCGAUGUCCAGGCUUUGGACCUACACUCGCCAGAAGAAGCCGCGAAGCACCUGGAUCCGGACUACUGUGGUGAAUGUGGUGGCGCGACACCUCCGGCGAACGUCAUCAAGCCAGGUUGUUGUUCUACUUGUGCCGAAGUGCGCGAGGCAUACGCCGAUAAGCAAUGGGCCUUUGGCGACGGCAGCAACAUCGAGCAGUGCAAACGCGAAGGAUACGCCGAGAAACUCGCCGAGCAGCGCCGCGAGGGAUGUCGGAUCGAGGGUGUGCUGAAGGUGAACAAGGUGGUGGGCAACUUCCAUAUCGCACCAGGCCGCAGCUUUACUACUGGCAGCAUGCAUGUCCACGACCUGGACGCCUACAUUAUUCCUAACGCACCUGCUUCGGAACAGCACACGAUGUCUCACAUCGUACACGAGCUUCGUUUCGGACCCCAGCUUCCUUCCGAGCUUGCAGGCCGCUGGGGGUGGACCGACCACCACCACACCAACCCGCUCGACGAUACCAAACAGGAGACCGACGAAGCUGCCUACAAUUUCAUGUACUUUAUCAAGGUUGUCUCGACAUCUUACCUUCCUCUAGGGUGGGAUCCCCUGUUUUCGUCGUCCAUCCACAAUGCCUACGACAAGGCGCCUCUCGGGGCUCACGGCGUCGGUUUUGGCGGUCAUGGUAGUAUCGAGGCCCACCAGUAUUCGGUCACUUCUCACAAGCGUCCUCUCUCCGGUGGCAACGAUGCCGCAGAGGGUCACAAGGAGCGUGUGCACGCCGGUGGUGGUAUUCCGGGUGUCUUCUUCAACUAUGAUAUCUCCCCUAUGAAGGUAGUCAAUCGUGAGGCUCGGCCGAAGACUUUCACUGGCUUCCUUACCGGUGUGUGCGCUAUCAUUGGUGGUACUCUCACUGUCGCUGCUGCCCUGGACCGCGGUCUGUAUGAAGGUGCUAUGCGCGUCAAGAAGCUGCACUCAAACUAG